ACAGAAAACUCUUGAUUAAAGUCCACCCAGGGCACUACCACAGGAAGUCAGCACAAACUUCCUGUGAUGACAGAUGUAGCGCAUCACUGUGCUUACUAAACUGCCAGCAAAAAUACAGAAGGAGUGUGUGAGUGUGCUGAAUACCAUUUUUGGUGUUUUAUUGAGCGAGCAUUCAAAGAUACAGGCAGGGCUGAGUGACGUAUGUAAAGAAGUUAGAUAUAAGCAAUGAUAUUGUGACAGGUUGAAGGACUACUGUUGAAGGUCUACUGCAUAUAAAACUGUUCACUUAAUACUAAUUCAUAUCAGUUGAUAUAAGGACAAAAAUAAUGUAAAUAUGGGGUGUAACAUUUGGAGGCACCGCUGGGAUUGCUGCUUAGAUGUCCGGUGUCCACAAUCUGCACAUCGUAGUCCAAGCCAGCUAAAUCCCCCCCAUACAACCCAGGCAGACUGCAGUGAGGAAAGUGUUGCUGUCGAGGCGAGCUGGUAGCUGUGUUUUAGCGGAUGUUUCCUGAGGCCAGCCAGAGAUCAUCAGGGGCUGCAAAAACGACUCAGCUCGGCGUCACCUGUACAUGCAAAAUUCUUCCUGCCUACUGCCACAAUGUCUUCGGUGGAAGAGCUGCGAGAAGAGGUUGUGCGUGAAAUGCACACUCUGUCCAAAGAUCAACUAGUGUCAAUCUUCGAGUUCCUUGGCAUUGCAGAGAAAAUAGAUGUUAGCAGAAAAACACGACUGUCACUGCUAACACACAUCCAAAUACACAUUGAAAGAGAAGGUAUAACAGUACUUGAGGAUGAAGGAAUGUCAGAACUGUUGUUGCUUAAUGAUAAGAUUGCUGAAGUAAUGAAAGAGACAAUUGUUGAGACUGAACCAAAUGCAAAUGAAGGGGAUUAUUCAGGGCACAGAGAUCAACUAAACACUGCAACCUCACUGGUAACAGAGACAGCUAAUGCAGUUAACACAGCGGUUAGUUCUCACUCCCAAGCUAAUCGCUCUGUCCCUAACUCAUCUGUGUCAAGUGCCCCCCAACGACCAAGCCCUUACUGGCAGAGAGACUUCAAAAUAUCAGGCCAGAUUGGCGAACCAGGUCAAAAAGACAAACUGACAUUUUCCAGUCUUGCUCACCAGAUCGAAAAUGGACUGAGCAGAGGCUACUCAGAGCUUGACAUUGUAGAUGCUGUCAUCAGAGCUAUCUUGCCAGGUCUACAACUACGUAGCUAUUUGGAGGGAAAAUCUCAACUCACCCUUCCGACUCUACGCCGCAUCCUGCACUCCCAUUUCCAGGAGAAGAGCGCCACAGAACUCUAUAAACAACUUGCCUCUGAGGUACAGACCCCGAAAGAGACUGCUCAAAGCUUCCUGAUGAGAGUUUUAGAUCUAAAGCAGAAAGUCCUAUUUGCUUCCCAAGAAUCAGAGUCAGGACUCAAAUACGACCCAGCUUUAGUCCAGCGUAUGUGUUUACACACCAUACUCACAGGCUUCCAGAGUGACAGUGUCAGGAUAGAUAUGCAGCCACUCCUGUUAGACUCUAAGACACCUGAUGAACUGCUGUUAGAGAGGUUAAAUAUGGCUUGUGCCAAUGAGGCAGAAAGGAAAAACAAGAAAAGAUGUCUAGCAUCACAGACUGCUACAAGUGUGAGUGCAGUGCAGUCAGAUGAUGUGUCGCCUGCUAAGAACCCUGUGAAAGAAGUUAAAGCUAAGAUACCACCCGAGCUUUUAACUGAGUUAGCGGAGCUUAAGACAGGUGUAGCCUGCCUAAAAGGUCUCAGUGCAGCGAUAGCGCAGAUUAAAGAGACUCUACAGCAGCCGGUGCCUGGUCCUCAGUCAUAUGUCCCACCACCAGUUGUGCAGUAUGAUAGGGACCAGCAGCAACAACAGUAUUAUGGCUUCCAGGGCCCCCGCCAAAGACCACCACCCCCUCAGUAUCCUGUACAGCACUACACAGGUAGUCCAGCCCGCCGUGAGAGGAGGUGCCACAUUUGCCAGCAGAAUGGAGUCAACGAGCGCUGCACACACUGCUACCUCUGUGGGAGUAGAGAACACUUUCAGGCUGGAUGUAGAAGCAGAGGUAUGAGACCAUAUAAAGAGAAACAUUUAAACCAGCAAUGGUUACCACCGAGGGACGAGUGUUAACCAUGCCCAUCAUCCACAAGUCCCAACAUUGCUCCAACUGUAAACAAGAAAAGUCAGGCAUGAGACGGUGUUCAGCAUGUAAAAACGCACUUUAUUGUUCAAAAGCAUGCCAGAAACAACACUGGAGACAACAUAAGAGACAAUGCACUGGCUUAAAGACUAACAAAGACAAUGAGACUGUUCAGGUACCACUGCCGCCAGCUCAUGUAGACACCCCUCACAAAGUCACAUCUCUGGUGGGCAGGCAAUGUCUGGUUGAGUGUCUCCUGGACGGCCAGAGGCUUCAAGCUCUAUGGGAUUCAGGCUCACAGGUGUCAAUCAUCGAUGAGAAAUGGAAAAACGACUACUUGCCACACACAGAGCUGAGAGAUGUAGCAGAUAUUAUGGACACAUCUGAACUCACCCUGACCGCAGCAAAUGGGACCAACAUGCCAUAUCUUGGGUGGGUUGAGACAACCUUCCAACUUGUUUCCGGAACUGAACGAACUGAGAAAUUGACCAUCCCCAUGUUGGUAAUGAAAGGUUUUCAGCUCACAUGCCCUAUUAUAGGUUACAAUGUCAUUGAAUACAUUGUGAAUAAGACUGACCAAGCUAAACUGUACAGCACAGUGAGAAAAGCAUUUCCCAGCCUCAAAAGACACAAGGUGAAAGCUUUUAUACAGGCUGUUAGUGCAGAUACAGUUGACGAGUACAAAGUGAUGACGAAGAAAGACUGUAUUACUGUACCUAAACAAAGCCACAUGCAUGUUGAGGGUCGUAUAGCAGCAGGGCCAUUUAAACAGGACAUGGUCAUGAUAUUUGAGCCAGACUUAAACCCUCAGUGGCCAGACAAUCUUGAGUUUUUUGACACUUUGGUUAAAGUUAAGAAGGGUACUUUACCAGUCAUAACACUAGGUGUCUCUAACCCCACUGACCAUGAAAUUGUCAUUCCAGGCCGUACGUUAGUUGGCUCGGUUCAGACUAUUACAGCCGUUUUACCUGCCCAGAUGUUUGAAAAAGCCACAUCUGUAGCUACUGUUAACCAGACAAACACACAAGCCCAGUGUAGCCCUAGUGAAGAGUGGG